UUAUGCAAAUUUUCCUACUCAGAGCCAUGCCGCAAUUUGGAGUUUACAGCGACCAGAAGGUACAAGGGCAAACGCCUUUCGAAUCACGUCUUACGUAUCGCUAACGUAGAGGACCAAGAAAUAUGCGAGAUACAGUGCUUCAUAGAAAACAACUGUUUCAGUUAUAACAUUAUGACCAGAAGUGAUAGUGGAAAUCAAAGAUGCGAAUUAAAUAGUGCUACACACGAAGGGCAUGAAAGAGACCUGAAGACAGACACAGAUUACGUAUACCAGGCCGCCGAGAGCAGAUGCUCUAGUAGCCCUUGUAGUAAUAAUGCCACCUGUCAAACUGGAUUUACAGAGAGAGGAUAUCGCUGUUUGUGCCCUAAGGGAUUCACUGGAGUAAACUGCAGGGAAGAUGUGGACGAAUGCUAUUCUAGAGAACACGACUGUGAUGUUCAUGCUGAUUGCAUUAAUACCGAUGGUUCUUUCAAAUGCAUUUGUAAACAUGGAUACCAAGGAGAAGGAAAGAGCUGCCAAGCUUCAAAUUUUUCAUCAGCAAAGGAAAUUUACGCGUCAAACUAUUCCAGAGAAAACAAAGCCUUUAUGCUGCGCGUUGGAUCUGAAGAGAUCCGCGCAUUCUGCGUCCUAAACGAUACCAGCUUAGGAUCAUGUGGCGGAGGGGGCUGGACACUAGUCAUGAAAAUUGACGGAAAAAAGAAAACGUUUCACUUUGACUCUGCUCUUUGGACAAACAAAGAAGCAUACAAUUUAACCGGUGGAGAGACAGGAUUUGACACUGAAGAGACUAAGUUACCAACAUACUGGAACACACCUUUCCUAAAGAUCUGUCUUGGUAUGAGGAUCCCUGGUGAAGAUACUUUGCAUUUCAUCGCUGUAAACCAGUCCGCUGACUCGCUCCACUCACUGAUUGCUGAUCAGCAGUACCGACCCACCUCAUUAGGCCGUGAAACAUGGAAAUCACUGCUUGGUUCCGAAGGGUCUUUGCAACUUAACUGCAACAAGGAAGGAUUCAAUGUGAUGAAGGAAAGCAACUGCUCCAAAGCACGAAUCGGUAUUAUUAGCAACAACGAAAUCGACUGUUGGACGAGCGAUUCCGGAGUCGGGUUUGGUAUUGGUGGUUUCCUUAGUGUCAAUGGUACGUGUGGUAACGUGGCGUAUUAUGAACCAGACAAUGGAGAAAAAAGUAUCAAAACUAUGGGAUACAUUUUCAUUCAGUGA